GCUACCCAGCGGCUAUCAGAGUGGCGCAACAGUGUUGGCACUACUGCCAUCACAGUACUUACACACUUCAUGUUGUCACAUGAUGAUGUGGAGACUGAUGAGGAUUGCAAAAAUUUUGCAAAAAACUUACAUCUCAAGUUAGCUUUCUUGUAUGGGACCAUCACUAAGGAUGGCAAAUUCAAGCAGCCUUUUCAAUCUGAACUCCUCAUUCAAAUGGAAUGUGCCCUCGAUAUUUUCAGCAGGGACAUGCGCGUCAGUGAACUGAAAGUCAACAGCAAAGGAAAGGCCAUCAAGGUCCCACACACCAUGAACAAAGCCUUAGGCAAGCCCAGUAGUGCUCUCAAGGCAUUUUCAGACACAAACUACGGUGAGGUGACCAGGGGAUAC